AUGUCGAAGGCAAUUCCCUCCAAUAUAGCCAACCGGCCGCCGCAGCACCAAGUCUUCUUAAAUUUCAGAGGAGACGAGCUUCGAGGCAAGUUCAUAAGUCAUCUAGAGACUGCACUGAAAAGAGAAGAUAUCAAUGUUUUCAUAGACAAUGAUUUGGGGAUGGGAAAAGAUUUGGGCAUAUUUUUAGAGACGAUCGAGAAGUCGAGGAUUGCGAUAGCGGUCAUCUCAAGUUUGUACACGGAAUCGAGUUGGUGCUUAGAUGAACUGGCAAAGAUCAAAGAAUGUGUGGAGAAAGGGACAUUGGAGGUGUUUCCUUUGUUCUUCAAGGUCCCUGUUGAAACGGUGGAGGACCUAACUGGAACCUUUGGUGACAAUUUUAGGAAAUUGGCGAAAAUGGAUAAACAUAAACUCAAACGUAAGAAAUGGAGGAAGGCUCUUAAGUUUGUGACCAAGAGAAAAGGCGAGAAAACGGAUGAAACGAGGUAA